ACAAUUAUGGCAACUGAGAUAAAAGAUAAUUUAACAAUAAUAGGUGAAAAAGGAAGUAGUAAUCCACGUGCUAUAUUUUAUAAAAAACCUAUUAAGAAAGGUAAUUACAACUUGGAUGUGGAUAACAUUGAUACCUUUCAAGAAAUUAGACGUCUGAGGUUAUUGCAAUUUCAAAAAAGAUGUAGAGAGAAUGCAUUUAAUGUUGGGAGAGGAAUAUUAGACGAUGCAUUUAAUUCUGAAGAAGAUGAUUUUGAAGAAGUAUUAGAAAUUGAAGAGGCAAAGAAGAGAAGAUAUCACUACUCUAAACGAUAUAAAUAUGCAUAUCAGUUAAUGAUGUCUGAAUGGAUGUUAGAAGUACCUCAAGAUUUUAUAUCAAAAUGGAUCAUAGUCCCUUGCCCACAAGGAAAAAGAACUUUAGUAGUUGCAUGUAAAGGUAUAACUAAUGUAUAUAACAAACGUGGUAAUCGCCUUGGUAAAUUUUAUUCAGCACUUCCUGGUGGUAAUCCAUCAGAACAUAGAGGAAGCUGUAGUAUUAUUGACUGUUUAUGGAUAAAACAACAAAAGAUAUAUUAUAUCUUGGAUGUACUUGCAUGGUCUAAUCAGUCUUUGGUAAAUUGUGAUACUGAAUUUAGGUUUUUCUGGUUAAAAUCGAAAUUACAAGAAAUUGAGGAAUUACAUAAAAGAAAUACAUAUAGAAAUAAUUUUCCUAUGUUACCUUUGCCAAAUAUCAGUUGUGACACUGAUAUAAGUUUAGCAUUAGCAAAUCUUUCAAAUUUGUAUCCUUUAGAUGGAUUAUUAUUUUAUCAUAAGGAUGGACAAUAUACUAACGGUCGUACUCCACUUGUAACAUGGUUAAAACCUUUUAUGUUACCUGAAGUACUUGGUGUUUCUGUACCCCCACCACUUAGUGAACAACCUGAUGGAUAUAUAGAUUUUGUACAUUAUAUUUUUAAUAGCCGAGCUAAAAAAAAGAAGGAAGACUCAGAAAGUCAAAUGGAUAUUGCAGAUGAGAAUUCUUAAAAUUUUAUUUUAUUUUAUUUAUAAGAACGAGCUCCUUAAGGAAGUGAACUAU